CCUCUUAAUUGUGUUAUGCCAGAACUAACAAGGAAGAGAGGACUGCUGCCGGCUGCUGGAGCUCCAAUUAUGGUUUGACCAUGGUGAUAGUCCUCGGCCAGGAGAAAUUAUUAAGAAGCCGCAGAUUAUUUUUCCGGUCGGUGGUAACUCAGGUCUAUUCAUUCCUUUUACUGGCCAAGAAUACAUAAGUAUCGGAACAGCUCCUAUUUUCAAAAAUUUCUUUUCGAUCUCUCCGCCAAUCUUCCUCUUCAAACACUGAACAGAACACUCUCGUCUCUGGCUUCUUCUUCAUCUAGUCAACUACAUUCCUCGUCAGCUCUUUCUCUCUCUUCUCUUUCCAAAUUAGAAAACCGCCGUAUCUAUUUCCAUCAAUUUGCAUUUAAUGCUCCACAAAAUGCUGAUUCUGUAAUCCCUAAUUUAGCCUUCCUUCCUUGCAUGUUUUAGCUGUUUCUUUUCUCCACCUACUCCUUCCAUUUUCCAAAUGGCCACUUCGGCCUUCAGGUCCACCACCAAGAGAACUCCCAUUGCCAAAUCUUCUGCCGCCUCCACUGAUGACUCCUCUUCUUCCACUUCCAACGCCUCUGCUCACCGCCGCUCUCGUAGCCUCAGCCGUUUCUCCCGCCCUUUGCCUCCGCCCGGUGAUGACUUCUCUGAUGACGCGCCAGCUCCUAGAGGGAGGUUCGUCAACACUGUCAGGGGAUCGGGGUUUCCAGAUAUCACUCUUGAUGAUCUUGCUGUUCAGUUCUUUGGUUCUUCUGAUCGAGGUCGUUCUUCUUCGAGAAUUGAUGAUGUCAGCUCUGGGGAUAAAGUCAGUGUGUCGCAAAGAAGAGGGAGGUCUGUUUCCAGGCAUGGUUCCAGAGUUGGUGAAGGGAAGGCUAGUGCUGGAAAUAGCCAUGUUGGGGGACGGGUUAGUUCGGAUAACAACAAUUCGAGGAGGCGGCGCUCCGUAUCAGUGGUUCGAUGUCAAAUUAGUGAUUCUGAGAGUGAUUUAGAUCAUUCUCAGAAUUCAAAAAGUCAUGCUACUUUGAAGAGUCUCAGUGGUGGAAGCAGGCAGGUGCCAUUGUCAAAUAAGACAGCUACUUCAAAUCAUAGACAGGGACUUGGAAGCUCUCUUAGCCAAAAAGAUUUAAAGUACCAGGAUGGCUAUUCUAGCCACUCAUCAGUGCUAACAGAUGAUGAAGGAAGGGAUUCUCAUCCCAACUUAAAUGGGAUUGAGAGAACAAUACGAGCAGUUUAUGCACAGAAAAAGGCUGAGCACCCCACCAGUGAUGGUAUGAACAGUGGGUUGUAUGAAGUAAUGCGAAAAGAACUAAGGAAUGCGGUAGAAGAGAUCAGAAUGGAACUCGAACAAGUUGUGAGAAAACCAAGUACCUCCUUAGCAAGUGAUGACUGCAGGCGAUCCCAAAAUUCUGUCGAUCUUCUGGCUCCUACUAUUAAAAGGAAUUAUGCAACAAAAAUGGAAUUGUGUGAGAAGCGUAAACAAGAUUUGUUGUUAGAAAUAUUGUUGGAGGAGCAGCAUGGGAGGGACCUUUCUAAUGAUGUGAAGGAAUUGCUUUAUGAUCCAAAGGACAUAAUUGUGGAAAAACCAUUACGAGCAAGGAAGAAGAGCAGUGACAGAAGCAGGAUGUCUAAGAGAUUGACCGAGGAGGCAGAGAGAUAUAUUGAAGAUUUCAUUUCAAAUGUUGAAGAUACAGAUAUCUCAUCUUUAGAUGGGGAAAGGAGUGAUACAAGUUCAAGUUUAGGAGGAAUAACGAAGACACAAACUUUCCAAAGUCCAGUGUUGUCCAAGCCCAUUCCUGUUGAAAUGGAUGGGGUUGUACUGCCCUGGUUGCAAUGGGAAACCUCUAAUGAUGCUUUUCCUUUAUCGAGCAAUAAAUCAGAGAUGAUGGCUACUCCAAAAACUAAUUUAUGGGAAGCUGCUCAGGAUGCAUCCCGUAUGCAAGAUUCAAGCAACCAUUCCAUUAGUAGCCGUGGGAGUUGGAGCCCAGGACUUCUCGAUGUCCAUUCCUCAAAUAUUGAGGGGAAUAGAUUUGGAGAAAUUGGAAGUUAUUAUAGUCAAUUUUCAUCAGAUGGAACAACAAGAAGGCCACAGCAAGAUGUUGACGAGUAUCUGGAGCGUAAAAGUGAAGAAGCUUUUCUCUUUGAAAGAUGGAGUCAACAACAGAGAAUCCAUUCAGGCAGUCUUUUGCUUUGUAACCAAAUAUUCUUUUAGCCGUAAUCUUCUUCUUUUUUUUUUUUUUUUUCAAUUCGAAUUCACAUUAAUUUCUUUGUAUAGAUGUUUACAUCUAAUUCUCCUGGAAAUUGUUGACAUUAAUCUCUAUCAAAGCAGCAUAAGCUGUAUUUAGUUA